AUGCAUAACUCGCCCGUCUCAGAAAUGAUAUACUCAGAAACUGACCCAGUAGUGAAGGUAGGGGUUUUCAGAUUCGAUGGUGCUGUGAUUGGACGACAACUUGCCCACCCAGAUCGAUCCUUCGCCCUACAGGUCGACCUAGACCUCGUCAUUGGUAGGGAUAUUUUCGCUCGCAAGCCGCCCAUGCACUUUCACCUCCAGGAAGAGUAUAUCCAAGCAAUUGAGGGGAAAUUAGGGCUCGAGAUUGACGGCAAAGAGAUCGUCCUAACUCCGAAAGAUGGUCCUUACACUAUUCAUUCAUUCGUAAAUCAUAGAUCAUAUCCUCUCCCGGAAGCUCAACAGAAUGGUGGGGGUGUAGUUAAGUUCCUGUUGUCUGGUGAGAAAACCACUCGCGCAUUUGAGCUCAGCCCCGUGUUCUUCGAAAACUGGUACAGAUAUCAGAAUGAAGUGGUUACCAAUGGAGCUCCGAUCUCACUUAUACAGCUUCUCAGUACCUUCGAUGCUGGAGGUUCUUACUUGAGUUUUCCUCGCUGGGUGCCUUUCGGCCAAGGAAUCUCACGAAUUCUAGGAGUUGUGGUGGGGCGGUGGAUAGGUGGUCUUCUUGGGUACCAACCAUUCUAUGAGAAGUGGACGACGGACUGGGAGUUGGCAUGCAAGAAGAUGGAGUUAUCGUUGACCCAACGGCGGUUCGCAUAUCUUCGCAAAGUGGAUUAG